AUGGCACCUCCUCAGGGAAAGCCCGAAAAUGUGCUAAGACUUGCCGACGAGCUUAUUGCUCUUGAUCAGCAUGGCUCUGCCCUGCAGUCCCUUCACGAGACCAUCGUCUUGAAAAGGUCCAGAAAUUCCCAAGGUUUUUCUUUGGAGCCUAUCAUGACGCGCUUUAUUGAACUUUGUGUCUUUUUACGUAAAGGUAAAGUUGCCAAAGAGGGUCUCUACAUGUACAAGAACGCUGUACAAAAUACCUCGGUAACUGCCAUAGAAAAUGUCGUGAAGCGUUUCAUAGAAUUGGCCAAUGAAAAGGUCCAAGAAGCUCAAACUAAAGCUGACAAGAUUUCUGUUGAGUUUGUUGAUGAUUUGGAGGCUUCUGAGACUCCGGAAAGCAUCAUGAUGUCUUUCGUCUCUGGAGAGAUGUCCAAGACCCGAACCGACCGUGCUUUGGUUACUCCUUGGCUCAAGUUCCUUUGGGAUGCUUACCGUACCGUUCUUGAUAUUUUGCGGAAUAAUGCUCGUUUGGAAGUUAUGUAUCAAUUAAUUGCUAACUCCGCCUUCCAAUUCUGUUUGAAAUAUCAACGCAAGACUGAAUUCCGCCGCCUUUGUGAGUUAUUGCGUUCUCACCUUGGCAACGCAUCCAAGUUUUCUAACGCUCCCCACUCAAUCAAUUUGAACGACGUUGAGACAAUGCAACGUCACUUGGACAUGCGUUUUUCCCAACUUAACGUAGCUGUCGAGUUGGAGCUUUGGCAGGAGGCUUUCCGUUCAAUUGAGGAUAUCCACAGUCUUUUAACUUUCUCUAAGCGCGCUCCUUCUCCCGUCAUGCUUGGUAAUUAUUACCGUAAACUUAUUAAGAUCUUUUUGGUUUGCGAUAAUUUCUUGUUGCAUGCUGCUGCUUGGAGCAGAUACUUUACCUUCACUAAUGUUCAAAAGCCUGCCACAGCCAACUUUGUUAUCCUCAGUGCUCUUUCAAUUCCUAUUAUUGAUGCCUCUAGGUUCUCAGGUCCUCCUCUUGAUGCUGAAGAUGCUAAAAGCAAGAACGCUCGUUUGGCCAUCUUGUUGAACAUGUCUAAAGCCCCUAACCGCGAGGCUUUGGUAAAGGACGCUGUUAACCGUAAUGUUUUGAGCUAUUGUGAUCCCGCUAUCCGGGAUCUUUACAGAAUUUUGGAAGUUGAUUUCCAUCCUUUAAGCAUCUGCAAAAAAUUGCAGCCCAUUUUGAAGAAAUUGGCUGAGAAUACCGAUACCGCUCAAUACAUUCGCCCCCUUCAACAAGUUAUUCUCACUCGUCUUUUUCAACAACUUUCCCAAGUUUAUGAUGCUGUUUCCCUUAAAUUCGUUAUGGAUUUGGCUACCUUUGAUGAACCUUACUCAUGUACCUAUGGUCAGAUUGAGAAAUUUAUAAUGAACGGUAACAAAAAGGGUGCUUUCUCAAUUCGUGUCAGUCACAUCGAAAACUCUAUUACAUUCGCAUCCGAUCUCUUCGCUAGUCCUGUAAGCUCUCACGUGGACACUGCAACUUUGCAAUCCACCCCUGCCGAGCUCAUCACAAACCAACUUUCUCGAAUUGGAAAAUCACUUACCAGUGUUUUGAUGCGUUUCGAUACUGACUUCUAUCUUCUUCGUAAACAGCAAUCAGAAGCUGCUUAUGAGCGCGCUUUGGCUGGUGUUGAGCAAGAAAGAAAGGCUGUUGUUGCUCAACGUAGCUUGCUUGAAUUGCGCCGUGGUCAAGCUGAUACCUUGGCUACCCAGCGUGAGGCUGAGCUUGCUGCUCAACGUGCUCUCAGACAGAAACAAGAAGCUGAAGCUGAAUCUCGCCGUGUUCAAGACGAGGUUACGAAGCGUAACGCUGACAGAAUCCGUCGCGAAAAGGAAGCUAUUCGCAUUGAAGAAGCUAAGAAACUGGCUAACGAACUUAAGGCGAAGGGUGGAUUGGAAGUUGACGCUGACGAACUGGAGAAUUUGGAUGCUGACAGAUUGAGAGCUAUGCAAAUUGAACAGGUUGAGAAACAAAAUAGAAGCAUGAAUGAACGACUUCGUGUUAUUGGUAAACGAAUUGAUCAUUUGGAACGUGCCUAUCGUCGUGAAGCUAUUCCUCUUUUACAGGAAGAUGCUAGAAAGCAAGUUGAACAAGAUCAUAAGGCCUUUAUCCAAAGAGAGAAGCAGCGCAAAGAGGUUCAAGGCCAUAAGCAUGAACAAGCUUUGGAUGACAAGCAUACCUUCUCUAAAUAUGCUUCGUUUAUUCAUAACUACAAGCAAGGCAUUGAUGACGAACGUGAAAUGGCCUAUCGAGAUGCUUAUGCUCGUACUAAGGACGUUAUAGAGGCUGAACGUGAGAAACAACGCCAGAUGAUUUACGAACAGAAGGUAGCUGAUGCGGUUGCUGAGGUUGAAGAAGCUUCUGCAAGAGCUGAAGAAGAAGAAGAAACACGCCAACGAGCAGAGCAAGAAGCUGCUCAACGCAAGGCUGCAGAAGAAAAGGCUCUUGCUUCUAAGGAAGCUAGGGAGCGUGAGCAAGCAGAAAUGAGUGAGAAGCUCGAACGUCAACAAUUCAUGCAAAUGAAGCGUGAAGAAGACGCUGCUCGCAAGAUUGCUGCCAAGAAAGCCAAUUUGGGCUUAGGCUCAGGCGCUCAAACUCCUCCACCUGUUGCUGCGUGGAAACGUAGUGGUGCUUCCGAAGGUAGUGCUCCUCCUGCUGCUCCUCCUGCUGGUGGUGGUCAAAGAUACGUUCCUCCUCGUGCUCGUGCUGGAGCUGAUAGUUCCCGCGAAUCCUUGCCUCCUUCUAGAGGAGGAAGAGGAGCCUACGUUCCUCCUAGCAAGCGCCAACAACAGCAGUAA